UGUAAAAUUUGUUUGUUUUUCUGAAGCUAUUUUUUUAUUACUACCAAGAUUUCUAUGAUUGUAAAAUAAAACAAGUCCUAACGCUAUGUCGUCUGAUGCCCUAAAUAUUUGUCGUCGUAGGCUCAAUGAAGCCUUAGGUGAGAAAUCGACUAAAUAUUUCAAUCACAUGAAACAAUGGUUUCGAAUGAAAUUAACUAAAGAAGAGUUCGAUACCGAAGCUCGUGCUCUACUACAUUCUGAUCAGGUUCAAUAUCACAACGAAUUCCUGUUGGCUCUAUUAAACAAAGUUGAAGGGUUGGCUGAAGCGUCAAUAAACAUAGCCCAUGAGAAAUCGAGUUCACACAACAGAAGUAGAAGACACAAGAGAAGCUCGCGAAUGUCCGAGAAAUCAAACUUCGAACCGGCAGAUUUAUUAGAAUAUUUGCCGCCUAACUCGCCGCCCGGGGCUGGAAGCGAUGGUGUGAAAUAUGCAGCACAGGAAAUAUUUCUACCAGAUCACGCACUUGUUGUUGGUAGAUUUAUGUUAUCCGCAUGGGAACUUGGACUAGAAGGUGCAGAUGAUGACGCAGCAGAUCUCAUCGUUGUCGCUGUUCAGAAGUUCCUAAAGAACAUCAUUAGUACUGUGAUAGCACAACGCAAAGGAUACAAGUUACGUAACAACCGGUUUAUGUAUGAUAUUGGGGCGGAUGUGCCGAACAUGUGGCUGAGGAAUAGCAAUAAGUUGUACGAUCCACAGAGCGAAGGGAGAGUGGGGUUGGAUGAUAGCGGAGAAGCAUUGGGACCACGUUGCCCGCCCACUCUAGAUGAAGUCGAGCAUUCUGCUGCAUUUGAAAUUGCUUGCAGUGCAAACAAAGAGCCCAAUGAUGAUAGGCUGACAAUAGAUGAAUUCUACACCACACUUCUGUCACAUAAGAACAUAAUUGCAUGCCACUCAAUCUACGCAAUCAACAUGGAGAGGCUGGCGGUAAUGUUGAAUCAUCCUAGUUACUAGAUCAAGUG